AUCCAAAAAUUAUAAUGAUAUCAAACGUCUCAUUCAGGUAUGGCCUGAAUCUAUGGCAUAUAAGUCAUCAUUAGUUAUAAGCCACUGUAUCGAUGGUCAGGCCUACGAUGUUAUCAAUUAUCUGUUAGUCAAUAGUCUCAUUGAUAUCAAUGAAGUUAUUAAUCAAUACGGAUGGACUGCCAUUCAUAAGGCUGUCUACACGAAAGAUAUUGAUUUAAUAGUUUUGCUUAUUAAAUAUGAGGUGAACAUCAAUGUAGUUGAUAUCAAUGGCAACACACCAUUGCAUAUAUUAUUUCAGCCGACAUCACCUCAUUUGAUAACAAUUAACAAUAAGCCAUAUCCUGAUUUUGGUGUCAAUAAUCACUGUUUAAUUGUUAUAUUAAAACUAUUGCUUUAUUACUGUAAGUCUCAAAAUAUCAAUAUAUUGAAUAAACAAAACAAAUUUGGCAAAACAGCACUUCAUUACGCUGUGGUAAACAUCGGGUUUACCGCACCGGUUAUGUUAGUAUUGAUUGACCUACUGUUGGACAGUGGGUGUGAUCCCAAUGCUAGAGACCGAUUGAAUCGGACGCCACUGUUCUGUGUUUUCAAUGAGUUUAAUGUUUGCGAGAAAAUCAAACGACAAAUAAUAUUAAAACUGCUUGAAUCGGGUGCCGAUCCGCUCAAUCUCUAUCAAUUCAAGUCAUUUAUCGGCACUUUUACUUUGAAACAACUGAGCCGACAGUGUUUGCUGCGAAAUAAUUGUGUUAAAACACUGCAACAAAUUUAUAACAAUUUACCACAAGAAUUGAUUUCCUAUUUAAGUGUUACACAAUUACACAAACCAUGUAUUAAACUAAAAGCUUAA